CGGAAUCGGACUAUUAAAUUAAUUCAAAUAUUUAUGUCGAGUUUGUGACUUGUGUGUUGACAAAACAAACGGGGUAUUAUUUUUACGGUAAUUGCAAAUGGAAAGUUUGUAGUUUCGUAGUUUGUUUGAAUUUUAGUAGUACCCAUUCCAUGUUACCAGGUUAUAUUUGAACUAGAUAAACCCAACCCUAUAUGCUGCGGUGGCGGUGAGAUAAAAAGUAAUGAAUAAUUUUUGUAUGUAAACAUUACUCAUACAGUGAUUACUCGCCAUGGCAAAAGACAGGUUAAGUGACUUAGUAAAAGCGCGAAAUGAUGGAAAUGGGAAUUUCCAAGUGGAAAUUGAGAAAGAAGUUGCAGGAGAUGCUGCUAACCUGAGGGAAACAUUCGAGAUGGCAGAUAUUCUAAGAGAUUGGAUAGAAACCAUUGAAGAAAAUAUAGAAGCACUCAAACAGUAUAUGAAAAAGGUAGACGACAUAAACACUAAUCAAAGAGAUUUGAAUGAAAAAAUUCAAUCUAUUUUCCAAAAUAAUACCAGCAUAUGCCAUAGGAUACAAGCAAAACUCAAGGAGUUUGAAGAGGAAGUUAAAAAUAUAGACAGUUUAACAGCCGAAGGCCGAAUAAAAACUAUACAACUCAAUACAUUGAAAACAAGAUAUCAAAAGGUGUUCAAGCAAAACAAUGCAGAACUGGAAAAUUUUCGAAAUAUUAAAAAGCUGGAGCUGGACGCUCAACUUAGAGCCAAAGGUGUUAGAGUUACAGAUGAAGAACUUACACAUUUACUCGAAGAAGGAACUGACCUUAGUGUAUUCACUGGAAAUAUUUUGGCUGAAACGGCAGAGGCCAAGAGAAUCCUUCAAGACUUAGAAGACAGGCAUAAUCAGCUUCUAAAAAUUGAACGAAUGCUAGAAGAAGUACGAGACUUGUUCCUCCAGAUGGCGAUUUUGAUAGACGACCAGCAAGAGCUUAUAGAUAGAGUUGAGUAUCAUGCUUCUAUGGCUCAAGAAUUUGUUGGACAAGGAACUAAUGAUUUGCAGAAAGGAGCAAAAAACCGUAGAAAGUUUUUGAAGAAAAAAAUCAUCCUUAUUGUGGUAGUAAUCAUUCUGAUUGCUAUAAUUAUUGGACUUAUUUUUAAGUGAAGUGUGGACAUUUUAUACUAUAGACCUAGAUUUCUUAAUAGAAUAUACUAUGUAUCUGUUAUCUGUUUAUUUGAGAAUAUACUAUUUAUUUAAAAUUUAGCAGUUUACAACACCAGCUAAGUUGUGUGUGCAUUUUUUUUUCACUGACAAAAAUAACAAAUUGAAAUUAGAAUUAAAAAGGUUAAUCAGCGAUUAUAAUGAUAAGAGAACCUUGAAUGAAUAGAACAGUUCCAAAAGCGCAAGCAGUUUCUGGAAGAUCCUACUCUAGAACAGUCCUUAUUCAAAAUCCAAAAGAUAAUUCUUGAAAAGAGUUCUGAAUUCAACCAUGGUUUCUAUUUGAACUAUUCCAUACUAGUUUGAAGAAAACAUGUUUUUAACUGGGCAUACUUCGGACAGUUCUAAAACAUGGGGCUUUAAUUGCGGAAAGGAAACAGGAACUGUUUCGGAACUACUUGCGAGAACAGUUCAGAUUAUAUCAUUCGUGGAUCACCGCUAAUGAUAUUCCAAAAUUAUAACUGUAGUUCUUUAUUCCUGGGGUGCAAAAUUGUUCCAGAAGAAUAUGUAAAAACCGACAGCAAAAAUUCAAUAUGGCGUGGCGGCCAAGCAAGUCUAUUUUGAAUAUGUGUUUUUAUGCGUAUUUUAAUUAUUUUGUGUUCUAAUAAUGGUCAUUUGAUAUC